AUGGUCGAACUCCUUCACCUUGCCGUGGUCCAAGACCAGGAUCUUGUCGUAGUCGAUGAUCGUCUUGAGACGGUGUGCAAUGGUGAGAAUCGUGCUGGCCAAGAACUCCUCCCUGAUGGUGGUCUGGAUCUUGGCGUCCGACUCUUGGCACCGCCCUCCGUCACCGCAGAAUCAAGGUCCAGGAACUUGUUGGCGUUCUCCUCCGUGGCAGCAGCCUCGUCCUCCACAGGGGCCCCGUUACAGUUCACAAUCCGCUGGAAGUCCAAUCCGGAAAUCAAAUUCACCCGGCGCAAGGACUCAAACAUCUCCAGGUCAGAGUACUCCUGGAACAUGUCCAGGUUCGACCGGAUGGUUCCCGUGAACAGUGUUGGGUCCUGCGGAAUGAUCGCCAGACCCUGUCUCAGGGCCUUGAGUCCGAUCUUCGAGAUGUCCAGCCCGUCAAUGGUGAUGCUUCCGUCGUCAAGAUCAACAAAUCUGAAGAAACUCGUGAUAAUGGUGGACUUUCCUGCUCCCGUGCGUCCAACAACACCGAUCUUCUCACCAGCGUUCACAUGGAAAGAAACAUCGUCAAUCACCCUUGGCAGAUCUGGAGCGUAUCUAAUAGAAAUGUUCUUGACAUCAAUAACACCCUCAGAAGGCCACGAGUUGACUGGGUCUUGCGGAAGAACCUUGGCUGGCUCCUGUGGUGUUCCCUCAAUGUACUCCUGCACUCUCUCAACAGAGUUCAUGUUGAUCUCAACAUAG